AAUCCGUGCAUGAAAAGAAGUAAAAGAAAAUAUUUUAACUUUACAGACAACUGUCAGUGCAUGUACAAUGGAUAUGAGGAAGAAAUUAAUGAACUAAACAAUAUUAACGAAGGCGUAUCCAAGGUUGUCAGAAUAGGGCGAGGGAGGGGGUAGGGCGAAAGUCGACACCCUCUUGUGGCCGGUUCGGUCCGCCCAUGGACAACCUUAUAGAUCCGCAUAGAGUCAUCAUGAAGAAGGGUCUAUGUUCUGUCCAACCUUUAUCGAUUUUGUACCUCCCCUUGAAGUAAACUCUCCUCACGAUGUCUUUAUUCCGAACAGUGGUCCAAAUCGAUUCGACGAUUGUUAAAGUCUCCAUCUUGCAUUGACAAGAAACACGAAAUGAAUUAUUUGUCUCGUUUUAAUGUUAACGCAGCCCAUAGCAGUGGUUGCAUCUUUGUUGUACACACGGACUUCAAUGCGCAACAGGGAAAGGAAUAUAGAGACAUUGACUAUAUUUUAAUAAGACACUUAGUUAGGGCAUCGGUUGUAGAUGCUAUUCUACAAACACUUUGAAGGCAAAUAUAACUUGGAGAACUAAAUAAGGAAUAAACAAGCGAAGAUGGGCUCAAAUGAUUGGAUGGGUUUCUCCUCUUGGUUUCGUGUUGCUCUGCUUCUCCUGUGUUUCGCCAUCUUGAGAGUUGUGGAAGGGGUGGAACAGGCAGAGGUCUACAAAAGGCAGAUCGUCCUAGAGGAAUGUUCUGCAGGUUCUCCCGGGCCAGCUGGACCACCGGGUCCUCCCGGGCCCGACGGGGAGUCCGGGGCACCUAGUCCAGUAACCACAAACUGGAAACAAUGCUCUUGGUCGUCAGUCAAUGAUGGUAGAGAUUCGGGAUUGUACAAGUCCUGCUCUUUUACAAAAGAGUACUCCGACACAGCUAUCUACGUCUCUUGGUCGGGUAACCUUCGGCUAUCUGGAUCAGGGACGGGGUGCUGUAGAUGGUACUUUGCCUUCGGUGGUGUGGAGUGCUCCAAUCCGAACAGGAUCGAGGCAGUCGUGUACGCUUCGGGUUACAACAGCUAUAGCCUGUAUCGACCUAGGGUCAUGAUGGGGUACUGCUACGGCAUCGGUGCUGGUAGCGUAACAGUAGGGUUCUAUGUCGGGCAAUGCAGCGGCUAUGGGACCUACGACUGCUACACCGGAUGGAACAGUGGCAGUCAUAUCAUGAUCGAAGAAGUUACAAAAUCUCCUUACGACUAG